AUGGCGACAAGACCAGCUCAAAAGGCCGGUACGUGGUACGAAGAUGAUCCCACGGUGUUGAAGGAACAGCUUGAAAGUUACCUUGCGGCUGUCCCUGAGAGUAUCGAUGGAGUUCCAGUGCCAGUUAACGGUGCACGAAUAGUGAUUGCUCCUCAUGCAGGAUACGAUUUCUCUGGUCCCUGCGCGGCAUGGGCAUACAAGAGCCUUGAUCUCAGCAAGACCAAGCGUGUCUUUGUUUUGGGACCAUCCCAUACCUAUUAUCUUGAAGGGUGCGCAGCAGCAACCUUCGACAAAUAUGCCACUCCUUUUGGAGACCUGGUAGUUGACCAGAAGACGGUCCAAGAGGUCAAGGAAGCCGGUUACAUGGAGGAUAUGCCUCGACACAACGAAGUGAGCGAACACUCGUUGGAGAUGCAUAUGCCUUACCUUUACCUUUGUUGCGAGCAAACUUUUGGCUCGCCGGACAAGUUUCCCACAAUUGUACCACUGUUGAUUGGAAGUAAUAAAGGACCCGAGGAGAAAGCAUAUGCUAAGGUCUUACUGCCAUACUUCAGAGACCCUGAGAAUGCCUUCGUCAUUAGCUCGGACUUCUGUCAUUGGGGCAGAAACUUCAGCUACCAGUUUUAUUCGCCUUCCAACAGUCCAUCGGAUCUGGUUCAAUUGCGCUCUUCCGAUGCGGCGCCCAGAAACCCCCCAAUUCAUGAAACAAUCCGCGUGAUAGAUGAGGCGGCCAUGGACGCUGUCAAGAGCGGUAGUCAUGACGCUUUCCUAGCCACCCUCCGACAAACAAAGAAUACAGUCUGUGGGAGACAUCCCAUUGGAGUUACCUUGGCUGCUUUGGAGCUUCUGGUGAAGAAACCUGAGUUCAAGGAUAAGGGACGUUUCAACAUCAUCAAGUAUGACCGCAGUAAUCUUGUACAUCAACCAAAGGAUAUGAGUGUCAGCUAUGUAUCGGCAUAUGCACUGGCAUAA